GGGUGUGUGUGUGUGUGUGUGUGUGUGUGUGUGAGAGAGAGAGAGAGAGAGAGAGAGAGAGAGAGAGAGAGAGAGGAAGUUUGUCUUCCUCAUCACUGGAGUCUCACACUUCACCACUUCAACAGCCGAGUGAUCAAACAUGACGGAAAUGUGAAAGUAAGAUGUCAAGUCAAACAGGUCCGGCUCAGAAGAACCUCAGUGAAGAGGACAGCUCUGGAUCUGAUGUGGGGUCCGAGGUUGGUCUUGAACCUGAGACAGACCGGUUUGGCUUCAUUGUGACAAAUGGAUCCACAGCUGGGAGUGUGGGCCCACCGCCUGAGCUGGUCAGGCAGAGGGAGACCAAGUGGAUAAACAUCAUUAGCCAAUGGGAUCGCAUGUUGUUGAAGAAGACCAGUAAGGUCAAAGUGCAGUGUCAGAAAGGCAUCCCAGCCUCACUCAGAGCCAAGUGCUGGCCUCUGCUGUGUGGAGCUACUGACAAGAUGAAACAGAAUGAAAACCUCUACCAGUCUCUGGACUCGCAGCCCGCUCUGCAGAGCUGGGUGGAUGUCAUCGAGAGAGAUCUGGACCGACAGUUUCCUUUCCAUGAGAUGUUCCUCUCCAAGGACGGACACGGGCAGCGUGGUUUGUUCCGGGUGUUGAAAGCGUACACUCAGUACCAACCAGAGGAGGGUUACUGCCAGGCACAGGGGCCUGUUGCUGCAGUGCUGCUGAUGAACAUGCCUGCUGAGGAGGCCUUCUGGUGUCUGGUGCAGAUUAGUGAGCAGUACCUGCCUGGAUACUACAGCCCUCUGCUGGAGGGAGUCCUGUUUGAUGCAGCCAUGCUGACCUGGGUCUUGAAAAGAACGUGUCCAGCUGCACACAAACACUUGCAGCACCACGGAGUGGAACCCCUCAUGUUCGCCACAGACUGGCUAAUGUGUCUCUUCACACGUCACCUGCCUUUCAACACGUUGCUCCGAGUCUGGGAUCUCUUUUUCUGCUAUGGAGUGAGGGUGCUGCUCCAGGUGGCGGUGGUCCUGGUGCGUCGGGUGCUGGGCCGGGCUGAGCAGAGGAAGCAGUGUCAGGGCCAGAUGGAGACUCUGGAGAGGCUGAGGGGCGUCAGGGAGGAGGUCCACGAGGAAGACGACACCUUCAUAGCAGAGGUGUGCUCGGUGCAGCUGUCAGCCAGAGAUCUGGAGAAGCACACGGAGAAGGAGUUAGAAAAGUGGAGGAAAGACAGACCCUCAUCCACCUUUGACCCCAGAGGUCGCUGCCAGGGAUACCGGAUGGCGUGGGCGAGGGCACGACAGAGUGAGGAGGCGCGGGACAGGGAAGCAAGAGAGAAAGGGAACCUGUCUGUGCCUCUUACCCGCUCGGCCUCCACUCUAUCGCUGUCUCCCUCCCUCCUUCAAAAGAGGUGGAAGAAAGGGGGAAAGGCGAGCGCACGUGAAUGGGAGGGCGGCGGCAAAGUUGUGAGGCAUCUCUCGAUGGGAGCAAAAGAGGACUUCAGGAGCUGGACAGAGUUGAAUUUUAAGAAGGUGCAGGGCGUUCAGGAGGAGGAGGACGUAGUGUUCGAGGAACAUAAAAAACAGAGUGAGAAAAAACUAACAGGAGAAAUUGAUCAGAAAGAACUCUUAGAAGAACCCAAAAAGAUGGAGAUCCAAAAUGUGCCAACAGAGCAUGUAGAAGAAACAGUCAUAAAAGACGAGAUUGUACAAAUGGAAACAAGAACAACUGAAAAGGGGGAAAGCCCACUCAAAGAGACGGUGGAAACUAAAAUGCUUUCAGAAGAGACGGAAAAAACAAACGUGGGGACAGAACAAACCAACAAUCCAGCUGAAGAUCAGACUUCUGAAAAUAUUCUUCAGCCUGAACACAAACAGGGAGAGGAGCUGGACUCCAGCAGCCCAUCACAAGUCUUGGAACAGCAGAGUCCAGAGAGCAAGCACCUGGAAACUGAGGUGAAAGACACAAAUAAAGAGACAGAAGAACAAAGUGGACACACAGCUGCUGUGGAGGAGAAUCAGACUGAGAUACAGGAAGAUGCAGAUAAAAGCACAGAGAUGGAGAUGCAAGAGAGUGUUGCCUCAAGUGAGGAACAGGACGUGAAACCAGAGGAGAGCACAGAAACUGAAAAUGUGCAACAGACGCAGGUGGCCGCAGUCACAGCUGAGACAAGCCCGGGCUCAGAGACAGACGGUAAAACAGAAGCUGCAACUGUAAAAGAUCCUCCAGUAGAGACAGAGACACAACAGCAAGACGUGAUCACAGAGACAGAGGGUAAAAUCGAAGCUCCAACUAUCACAGAUCCUCCAGUAGAGACAGAGACACAACAGCAAGACGUGAUCACAGAGACAGACCAAAGCUCACAGGGAGAUGCGUUUGAAGGAAAAUACCAGAGUCAUGAGUCAUUAGCAGAAAUAGACAUGACAGAAGAGCCCCACACCCAAUCAGAGACAGAAAGUGAUGCACUGGCACAGACACAAGAAACAGUCCAGAACAAUGCAGCCACACAGGAUGAACUGGAGGCUGAAAUAGAACUAAUAGAUUCACAACAUCACACAGAUUCACACACAGACGCAGAAACAUUAAUACGGAGUUCACCUGAAUGCAUCGAACAACAAGAAGAUACUGACUUAAUAGGUGAUACAGAGGCUGAAGCAGAAACACCAGCUUCAAGUGACAUAGUGACAGAGUCAAGUGAAGCAUUGGAGAAAGAGUGUGAUGCAGCUGCAUGUGAACCUACACAGGAGGAAGAAGGAGGAAGUUUGACUGCACCCUCAGAGGCCCAGGUUGAUAAGCAAACAGAGGAAACAACAGAAACAGAGACGACUGACUCGAUAGCAUCUCCACUGAAGGAUGUGACUUCAACACAGGCUGAAGCUGUGACUCUCACCACUGAGCCUGAUGGAGAGACCAGUUCAGUGGAAAUGAGUAUCUCUGAGGAACCUGCACCUGAACAACCAACGAGCCAGGUCACUGUGGGUGCUGUGGAGGAGGAAGAAAGCACAGAAACUGUUCAAGAAAACACUGUAGAAGAGGACGACGUCUUUAUUCCCACAGCACCAACAGACUCUCCCAACACUGACAGCAUCCCACAAGUCCAAGAAAACAAUUCUCCCCUUGUGAAAGACCAGGAAGAACCGAAUGACAGCAGUUUGACACAAGCCUCCGCUUUAUGCAGCAGUCGGUCCUCUGGGGAUGUCUGCAUCCGCAAGCCGUCCAGCUCCCGUGGGGCCAGGUUAGCACGCCGGCUCUCUGAAGAUCUCUUCAUCAUGCCAGAGAGGAAAUCACAAUCUAUCCCGAAUCACCCAGAGGUUGAACACGGGGAAUCACAGUCCAAUCCUGGAGUUGUAAAUCCAACCCAAACUCCUUCAGAUGUCAGCCCGUCACCGUCUGCAGCAGUGACCGAGACGACGGCAGCGCAGCAGGAGCAGCCGCUGCCUGACCCCCGUAAACGUUUUGGUCUCUUCCGCAGACUGAGAGGAGAGCAGCCCAAGAAGGCAUCCAAAAUGCAAGUCCCCAAAAUCUUGAUCCAGGACUUCAGUGACGGGACGGGGAUGGGGAAACCAGUUGAGGAGGAGGCGGUAGAGGAGAAAUUAAGCUCCAGGGAAAGGAGGAGGAGGCGGAGGGAGCGAGAGAGAAAGGAGAAAGAGGAGGAAAAGUUGAGGAAGAAGAAAGAGAAGGAGCUGGAGAAGGAGAGGGAGCGAGAGAGGAGGAAACCGCAGACGAGGGGGAAGAGUUUCCAGGUGCAAAGAGAGAAAGGGAGCAGUGAUGAGCCUAAACCUGCAAAGACUGCAUCACAGACGCUUAGAUAUUCUGCUUCCUUUACUGAAUCUUACUUCUGACAAAUAAAUAAAUAAAUCUAUCGGACUGGAUCUGGAAAAAUGAGGAGGUGUUUUACGAAGUCCUCUACAUCCUGUCUCAUUGGUCUUCAUCUAAAGACCUCAUCUAAAUCUCUGUCAUACUUGAACCUUUUGAUUUGUACAUAAAUAUUAAAUAAUGUUUACAUA